AGGUCGGGUCGGCUGCAGGUUUCCUAUUGUUGCCUCUCGCGACACGGGACUCAGCUCAGACCCUCUUGGAGGAACUCCUGUCCCCCUUGGAGUCACAGUGAGGCCUUAUGGACUGGCUUACGGAGUUGCCCAUUUUCUGGCCGGCCCACAGUUGGUCCAGGCUGAGGUCCAGGCUGAGGUCCAGGCUGAGGUGUGGCAGGCCCUGAAAAACAUGUUAUCUGGCGCCGAGGGUGAGAACCUAAGACAAAGAAGAACACAAAUCAUGUCCCGAGGACUUCCAAAGCAGAAACCCAUAGAAGGUGUUAAACAAGUUAUAGUUGUGGCUUCUGGAAAGGGUGGAGUUGGAAAGUCUACUACAGCAGUAAACCUUGCACUUGCACUGGCAGCGAAUGAUUCGUCAAAGACCAUUGGUUUGUUAGAUGCCGAUGUGUAUGGUCCCUCAGUUCCAAAGAUGAUGAAUCUGAAAGGAAGUCCAGAAUUAUCACAAAAUAACCAGAUGAGGCCUCUUUUGAAUUAUGGUAUUGCUUGUAUGUCCAUGGGCUUCCUGAUUGAAGAGAGUGCACCAGUUGUUUGGAGAGGCCUUAUGGUAAUGUCUGCCAUUGAGAAACUGCUGAGGCAGGUAGAUUGGGGGCAACUGGACUAUUUAGUUGUUGACAUGCCACCAGGAACUGGAGAUGUGCAAUUGUCAGUUUCACAGAAUAUUCCCAUUUCAGGUGCUGUGAUUGUCUCCACGCCCCAGGACAUUGCACUAAUGGAUGCACACAAGGGUGCUGAAAUGUUUCGCAAAGUCCGUGUGCCUGUUCUUGGCCUUAUCCAGAAUAUGAGCGUUUUCCAGUGUCCAAAAUGUAAACACAAAACUCAUAUUUUUGGUGCUGAUGGUGCAAAGAAGCUAGCACAGACCCUUGAUCUUGAUGUCCUGGGAGACAUUCCACUACACCUCAGUAUAAGGGAAGCUUCAGAUACAGGUCAGCCCGUUGUGUUUUCACAGCCUGAAAGUGAUGAGGCCAGAGCUUACCUGAGGAUUGCUGCGGAAGUGGUGAGAAGAUUGCCACCGCCUCCAGAAUGAUUCCAAGCACGCUGGAAAUUGCCCUGGCGCUUAGUAAUGAGAGGACCUUCAGACAUGAGCAGUGUGGUGGAGGAACCUGAGGAAGUAAUAGCAAUCAUGAUUGUUUUCUUUCAUUUCUAAGGAAAUAAUGUCUCUUUCAGAUUUGAUUUGCUAUGGUAUGGCACAUAAAUAAAAUUUUUAUGUAUUUUAUUUUAUAUUUAGGAAUUUUUUUUGAAAGCUGAUAUGUUAACAACUGCACUUAGUUAUACUUUGUUUUAUUGAACUACCUCUUGAGGAAUCAUGAUUUUAUGAUGUUACUGUCCAGUUUUUAAGACAAUUGUACUCUUUGGCAGGACCACAGAAUUGGUUAUUUAGAGAAUUUACUAACUUUGUGUAUGGACAUGUAUGUGACACCUUCCCACCGGGCAGUUUGUUCUGAGUUUGAGUCCUGUCUCUGCUGCUAUCUUAGACAUGUAAAGAACUUCUUCAGCUAGACCAUAUUCUGCCCAGACUUAAUAAAUCUGAAUCUUCAAGGGUGGAGCCUAGACUUGUGUAUUUUAGCAAGAUCAUGAUGAUUUUGAAGAUACUUUGUGUUAUGCUGGCAAUAAUAAUAAUAAAUAUUAGAAUUUAUCAAGUGC